AUGCCAAGGGCAGCGUUUGGGAAAGACUGGAAAGUUCAAUCAUUAGAAGAGCAAGGUGAAAAAGCUGGCUCGUUGCAAAGUGUUGAUGAUUUGGAGUUAAUUGUGCAAUCUCGUACAGACAAAUGUCGUGAAAGAUUGGGGACGGAUGCGGAGAUCAGUGGAGACGAAAGUCGUGAAAGAUUGGGGACGGAUGCGGAGAUUAGUGGAGACGAAAGUCGUGAAAGAUUGGGGACGGAUGCGGAGAUUAGUGGAGACGAAAGUCGUGAAAGAUUGGGGACGGAUGCGGAGAUUAGUGGAGACGAAAGUCGUGAAAGAUUGGGGACGGAUGCGGAGAUUAGUGGAGACGAAAGUCGUGAAAGAUGGGGGACGGAUGCGGAGAUUAGUGGAGACGAAAGUCGUGAAAGAUUGGGGACGGAUGCGGAGAUUAGUGGAGACGAAAGUCGUGAAAGAUUGGGGACGGAUGCGGAGAUUAGUGGAGACGAAAGUCGUGAAAGAUUGGGGACGGAUGCGGAGAUUAGUGGAGACGAAAGUCGUGAAAGAUUGGGGACGGAUGCAGAGAUUAGUGGAGACGAAAGUCGUGAAAGAUUGGGGACGGAUGCGGAGAUUAGUGGAGACGAAAGUCGUGAAAGAUUGGGGACGGAUGCGGAGAUUAGUGGAGACGAAAGUCGUGAAAGAUUGGGGACGGAUGCGGAGAUUAGUGGAGACGAAAGUCGUGAAAGAUUGGGGACGGAUGCCGAGAUUAGUGGAGACGAAUGUCGUGAAAGAUUGGGGACGGAUGCCGAGAUUAGUGGAGACGAAUGUCGUGAAAGAUUGGGGACGGAUGCGGAGAUUAGUGGAGACGAAAGUCGUGAAAGAUUGGGGACGGUGUGGAGUCUGAUGCAGAAGGAAUUGGCGAUGGUUUGGGUAAGAGAAGUGAUCCGUGCGACGAUCAGGACGACGAGGGCUUGUUUGCGAUAAUGGGUGAAGCUAAUGCCGUUGUAAACAGGGAAAAGGAUGAAAUUGGAAUAAAACGGCCGUUAAUAGAAGAUGAAAACGAAAAAGCACUAAUUGGUGAGUGCAAUACACUCUUUUAUAAGAUUAUAAGAACAAAUUUAAUAAGAACACUUAGAACUGAAUUUUCUCAAAAUAUUAGAACAAAAUCGAACAAACUGAGGCUGAGAAAAAAAUUACAAUUUUUAUAACUGUAAUACAUUAUACAACUGUACACUGUUACUGUACGCUACUGUAUUAAGAGGCAAUUUUUUUCUAUGUCACGUAUUGGCAAUGAAAAGUGUUCAAAACCUAAAAUCUUUUUGGCGUUCCUCUCAAAAUUACUUUGUUUUAGCUUUAUUCUCUAGUUUAUAGAGUUAGCUACCUUUUUAAAUGCAUUUGCCGGUUGAGAAACAUAAAAUAAUAGUUACAAAUUUUCAAUUAAAAUACAAUUAUCAAUGAUGCUUUAAAAUUGACGCCAUAUUUAUACAGCCAUAUAAACAAAACUUAGUGAACUUUAGACAUCAUUUUCUCUUUGGCGUAUUAUCUAAAAUCUCUUCAUUUUUGCAUUAUUUUACAGAUAAAGCACUAAACAUACUUUUUAAGUUUGUUUGCCGAUUGAGAAACGUAUCGAAAAAUAAAAAUUUUGAAUUUAAUCCUAACCUCAAGUGGUAUAUUAUACGCUUAGUUUUGAGCGCGUGUUACGUAACAUACAAAAAAAUCUCCUCUUAACCAAAAAAAUACAAUAUCCCAAAUCUUUACCUUUACACUAAAACUAUACUUAAUCCUACGUGAUGUCACUUAGAUCACCAGAAAUUCAGUGUUAAUUAGACAUAAUGAAGAACAUUUUGAGCCUGAAAUCGGCAAAAAAUAAGAACACUGCAUGAGCCUCGGCAUAUUUUUACUGGUUCUUAUAUAAAAAUAAGUGUAUCGAUAAAAGAUUGUAGUCUUAAUUUUGCGUCUAGUUGCGUGUUCUGAUUUUUCAUUCAAUUGUAACUGCAGUACAAACAUUGUUAAUCACAGGAUUCUAUUUUCUUGCUAGAUUUACCAGACAACAGCGAAUCGUAUGCUUCACCAAGCAAAAAACGAACUGUAACUUCUGUUUUAAUGCAAGACAAGAAUCGAAUGGCAAAAAUAAAAAAUUUGAAGGUAUACUCAAAAGCGGAAAUUGAUUCGGCGAAGUCAGAGACGGAAAAAAAGAGAAGAAGAUUUUGGAACGAGAAGGCGGAACAAGUUGCAAGGGACAAGAAAACUGGCAAUCUCGACAAAACGACAAUGACGGGAAUAAUUGAAGUGUCGUGGACGUUGAGAAAAACAUCAUUCAUCGAGGACUUUGCUCGGAAAACUCUUAAUGAUGAAAAGGUCCUUUUUCGGACUGACCAUUGCAAAAAGUUAUCACAAAAAAAGGACACAAUUAAAAAAAAUAUCGACAGAAUGGCUAUAGCACACAGCAUGGUGGAGCAGAUCGACAACGAACUUGUUCAAAUACGAGAACAUUUCCAAAAAGCCAAAAGUGUGAUGAAAAGAGAAGCCAUACGUAAAAAAUUGAAAAAUAGGGAGACUACUUUUAACGGUGUAUACACUGAGUUGAAAAAAGCUCAAGAUGCUGCCACGAAGUCCAUCAACCACAAACGGCAAAUUUUGGAUGAGUGUUUGGAGAAAUCGGAAACAACCAAUACUGAUUUGUUGUCAAAUUUCCAGCAUGGUCAUUUAACAUAGAACUGAUGU